AUGAUGACCAACACCGAAUCCGCCAAGCAGGGGCUGGACCUUUCGAACUACGAUGAGGAGCAAGUGCGCCUCAUGGGCGAAAUGUGCAUCAUGCUCGACAACGACGACAAUGCAAUUGGCGCCGAGUCCAAGAAAACGUCGCAUCUGAUGGGCAACAUCAACAAGGGCAUGCUGCACCGUGCCUUCUCUGUGUUCCUGUUUGACUCGCAGAACCGCCUGCUCCUGCAGCAGCGCGCGUCGGAGAAGAUCACGUUCCCAGACCACUUCACCAACACGUGCUGCUCGCACCCGCUGGCCAUUCCCUCCGAGGUCGUCGAGGAGGGCCAGCUGGGCGUGCGGCGCGCGGCGCAGCGCAAGCUGGAGCACGAGCUGGGCAUCAAGCCCGAGCAGGUGCCCCUGGACAAGUUCAAGUACCUCACCCGCAUCCACUACAUGGCGCCGUCGGACGGCAUGUGGGGCGAGCACGAGAUUGACUAUAUUCUGUUUAUCAAGGCCGAUGUCGACCUGGAUAUCAACCCGAAUGAGGUCAAGAGCUACAAAUACGUGAGCAUGGACGAGAUGAAGGAGAUUAUUGCGACCGCCGAGGAGAAGGGUGUGCUGCUGACGCCGUGGUUCAAGCUCAUCGACGAAACGUUCCUGUACAAGUGGUGGGCCAGCAUCGACAACCUCGAUGCCCUGGUCGACGAGGAGACCAUCCACCGCUUGUAA